AUGUCCAUUCUGCUAAAAUACGGCACAUCCAUGGAACCGGCGGAGAUAAAGCGCUCCUCGGUAGAAUCAGUGGCAAAACGUCCAUUUAUCCGCUUCCAGGAGCUUAUCUUCUGCUCACUAUAUGCGGUCGCCUUGGAAAUCACUUCGAAAGAGAAUGUGUUUCGAGUCAUGCGGUCGGUCUUCCACUGUGACGCUCAACCAAAGGCUCUCAGAGGGCGGAUUCGUGGUGCUAAAUGGGCAAACCGCGUCAUAUAUCUUUUAUCGCGCACUAGCUGGGGCUCUUGUAGCUGGGACGUCAUCUACGUUGGAUAUGAGCUUAGUGAUUAUAAAGAACUGGACCUUUCUGGUCUUGAAAAGCUUCUCGUCGUGCCAGCCAACAUUGGUCCAAACGAGACCGAGCCAACCAGUGCCGGGCCAAAAGACACCACGCUAAGUAUGAAACGGAAAGGCGUGCAAAUAACCACUUUUCCAAAAAGGUAA